GUUGCAAGUCGCAGUGUCUGCCUUGGUGAAACUCCUUAAUAAUGAUACAUCCCCAAUGAACGAGUCUGGUGCAGGUGAUUGGAGUGUCGCCACACCGACAAAGGGCGCCUACAGUUACCUUUCCAAAGGAUUGUUCCGAAAUUCGUGCGAGGGGAGUGAUGAUCAGUGGCGUGUACACGGUUCAAACUCUAGGUUCUGCUGAAGCUUUCGAGGUGUAUUGUGAUAUGGAGACAGACGGUGGUGGAUGGACGGUUUUCCAGCGGCGCAAGGACGGAAGUGUUGAUUUCUAUUUGGACUUUGCCAACUACCGCCGGGGCUUUGGGAAUCUAGAGGGAGAGUUUUGGCUUGGUAACGACAACUUGCACCGUCUGACCGCUCAGGGCGAGUACGAACUACGCGUGGAUCUUGAAGGUUUCUAUAACGACACGGGGUAUGCCGUCUUUGCCUCGUUCAGCAUUGCCGACGAGAGUGACAACUACCGGCUGUAUGUGGGAACUUAUUCAGGAACAGCAUCCGACGGGUUGGAUUAUCAAGAUCGGAUGGCUUUCUCGACCAAAGACAAAGACAACGAUCGCAACCCAAGCGGUAGCUGCGCCCAGACCUACCAUGGAGCCUGGUGGUACGGAAUCUGCCAAACUUCCAAUUUGAACGGGCUCUACUACAAUUACCCCAGUAGGCGUGAUCCGUCAAUUGUAUGGCACACCUUCUCAAAUUAUCGCGCACUCAAAACUACCGAUAUGAAAAUUAGAAGUAAAGUUUAGUCCUUAUUAUUGUGGGUAACAAACUCAUAGCUCACUAACAAAACUCACUUGACACGUUUGGUAAUUACUAAAAAACACACCAAACAUAAAAACUAGAUUGUGAUAAGCAGCGGAGAGCUCUUGAUGUAACAUAAAACAUUGUGAGAGACGACACUCUCUUUGAAUUAACGUAUAGGCCCUGUAGUUUUUGAGAAAGAGGUAAUUUCUCACUGAAAUAUUUGAAUCUA